CUCCUCCUCCUCCUCCUCCUCCUUCUCUUCCUUCUUCUCCUCCUUUCGCUCCCCUCGCUACCCCUCCACAGCCAUGCUGGCCCAGGUCGUUCUGGCCAGAGUCAGUUCGCCCAACCGCUAGAGUCGCGCAGCCAAAUACGGUAUACACGCGCAGUCAUGUGGGGCUCGUGGCCUGCUCUGCUGGCACCGGCCGUCGUUGCCGACCUGGCACCUGGUGUGCUGGGAGCAAGGCCCCAACUGCUCGAGGAGCCCCUGGCGCUCCGUGUCUCCCCAGACCCGCACGGGCAGGCGGGGGCCCAGAGCGACACCUCCGCGGACGCCGCCACCGCCACCGCGACCGCCGCUGCCGCCGCCACGGCGAACAGGAGGGCCGGCACCGCCACCGCCGCUGGCGCCCAAGGUCAGGCCGCCCCCGCCGCCGACGCAGCCAUCAGAGCGGAGACCGCCGCCGCAGCCGUCGCCACGGACGCCUCCACCGCCGCCGCCGGCGCGGAGGGGGCCACUGCCGCGUCCGCCGACGAAGCCGCCGCCGUCGGAGGCGGUGGCGUCGGCAGAGCCGAGUGCACAGAUGACAUGUCCAUCAAACAGCUCGAAGACGCGCUUCAAUUCUUCCUCCUCCGCCUCGACUACAACCAGACUCGGACUGUGCACGCAGAAACCAUCGGGACGUGCCUUCUCAAGAACGAGAAGCGCCUCGCCCAGCUCGCCCCCGAGACGUUGCACGCGGUACUGACUGGCGUAAUGAACCACGCCGCAAAUCAAGAUUGGACAGUCCGGUACUUGUUCGCCUCGAGUGUCAUCAUGAUGGCCCCUGUUGUUUGGCGCUUCGGGGCGUUGAGCACCAAGGUGAUCGAGACUUUGGAGGUGCGGUUGACGAGUGAAGAUAACAAGACGAUUAAAGAGUAUAUCCAUCGAGCUUUUGAGAAACUCGAGCGUGGUCUCAAACAGCGGCGUAAAGAUGGUGAGGAGAUGCAGGAUCGCCUCACGGGGGAAGUUGGGAUCCAGGUGGAAGUCAACGAUGAAGACCAAGUGUGCGUGCCUCGCGGCAUCAUGUUGUUUGCCGUUGACGCAACCAGGGGUGGAAUUCGAGCACAUCGUUGUCCAAACCGGAAAGCGUGUGGCAGCAACGGUGCGAACGACUGUUGGGAUUGGACGUCCUUGCGCAGCAACUCCACCUUGAACCAUACGGCGUGCGCUCCAGGCUACGAUCCUACCGUUCCUGGGUGUGCCAAGUGUUUGCCAAGUUUCGGGCGAAGCCGCAUAGAUCCAUUCACGUGUUCGAAUUGCGGGAAUCCUGUAUUUGUCUGGGCCAAAGAGAUUAUGGCUUCGGGAGCCGUGUUCGCCGCGAGCCUACAUUCGAUCAGCGCAGGCAGGAAGGACGAACUAGGUAGUCUUCUCAAUAUUUUCAUGUCGUUUUCAUUCUCGGCUAUAACGGCAUCCACUUUGAUGCAAGACACGGAAGCGUACGGCCAGAUGGUCAAACUUAUAAAAGAGUCCCGCUGGCACAUGCCGACUGAAAUUUUCGACGUGCCGCUGCUGAUCGCCUCGGCUGGGACCGGUGGUCUCACCGACAGCCCCGAUUGCAUGGGUGUAGACUUCGAGGACUCUUUCGCCAUCAGGACCCUGCUGGAGAGCCUUGUCCCGAUGCUCCUCCUCCUGGCAGCGAUAGGCGGGGAACUGGUUCGGCGUGCUUGCCAGACGUGCCGUGCCGGGGAGGUUCAAGCGGAAGUGGGGCCCAUGGACGACGGUGGCCAGAAUGCGGGCGGGGCGGCAAAGCAAACGUUGGAAACGGGAGCAGAGGAAUACGUGAAAGAACCGGAAAAGGCGGACGAGAACGCCAAGAUUCCCCAGGAGGCGUCGUCCCUGGGUGGACCAGGCACGUUGCAGGACGUUGGCUUGCAGGACAUGGAGGUGCAGAAUCGGAUGCCCGUCAAGAUCAUGCACAUAUCACUGACAUUUACCAACCUCUUUCUACCUGGUAUUUUCGCGAGCGCCCUGCUGCAAUGGCCUUGUUUUCACACGCAAGCGGUGCAUCAGGAUUUCAGAUGGUACAAGGAAUCGCGCCGCGCGUGGGAUCCAGGGGAACAGUGUCCGAGCGUCUACACUGUGACAAUUGUGAUUGGCGCCUUUGUCGCAUUUGUGAUUGGGCCUGUGAUGGGACCGGCGUUCUGGGCGUAUCUGAUUGCCAACAUGGACCAGUUGCCCCAGCGGUCGCUCGACUUCAUGGUUGCUCCUUAUAAGGAAGAAAGCAAGGCUUGGGAGGUCACCGUGCUGAUGCGGAAGAUGGCUUUGGUGGCCUUGGCAGCCAUAGCGCCAAAAACUUACGCUUCCGCGAGCUACGCCACCUUUGCCGUGGCCAUCAUGGGCAUCGCGCUCGCAGCCCACUUGUACUGGCAGCCGUACAAGAGCAAUUUGCUCAACAGGGUCGAGGGCAUCUCACUUUUUGCCACGUUCACGGCUACGGUGCUGACGAACUACGUUGUUGCUAGGGAGUGGAGCCAUACGCUAGUCCACCAGAUCAUUGCAGUCGUCCUCGUCUUUGCACUGCUGCUUAUGACCCUUCUGCUGUUGCUGAGCCUCUUUUUCUACGGGUGUUGUCAAAAGCUGCUAGCUUGGCUGAGCUCGGUGAGGCAUGACCUGAGCCUUGUCCCGUAAUGCUGCGUCAUCUUUUUCGCUGCGCUCGUUCCCGGCCUCACCGCGGUGUUCGUUUAUUGUUGCAUUUUUUCGCUACGUCGGAUCUCAGGGUCGCCGGGCCCUAAGCCGGUCAAAAGACGACUCAGCAUGCAAAACUGGUCCGGGGGAAUGGUUCGAGACUUCUGAGGGCCCCGUAUGGAAAAAAAACACGACGUCGGAUCUCCAACCUCCUCCCUCCUCGCUGCCUGCGCCUUUUGCGGGGGCCGUUGCUGCUUGGCUGUGGCCCUCACCUUCUCUCCGCGGCAACCUCGGCGGGGGAUGGGCUCCAGGGGGGGGGGGCUGCCCCCGCCCCCCACCGUUGCCCCUCAUCACUGCUCUGGUGCCGCCCCGCCCGGCAGCGGCGAGUUCUCUCAAGCGCGGGCCGGGCUCGGCGCUUGCUCUGCCCAGGCGGCCCUCUGGGGACGCAGGUGGCCCGGCGAGUGGGCCAGCUGGUGAGUGUUGCGUCAGCUCUGGCCUUCCCACCGACCGUCCCCAGACGUUCGACACCCUCGCGCCGCGGAAAAAUCACGACGGGAGGUUCUUGAUGAUUUCCGGCCCCUGCAGGGGGGCCCUUGCCCGGC